CUUCUCUCCCCGGGAAUCCCACACUCUGCUGAUUUAGCUCAUUUCGAGCUUGAGCCCCAUCCCUCCUCUCGGCUGCUUCGAUCUUUCUCAUUUCCGGGUCCUCUCCCGAUUCUUGAGAGUUCGCCACUGUUUUGAGCUGCUCGAUGCUACGGUUCAGUGGUUAAGCUGCUGUUUGAGUGGCUGCUCCGGGGAGUGUGACGGCAGAUUUGUCGAUUGAGGCGCUCUCUGGGAAAUUUUUCUUUUUCUUGGCUCCGGGAUGGUAUAAUCUCAGACACAGCUAUAUGUUCAACACGGCCAUUUCACGAAGUGGUGCAUCAGAUGAUAUCUGAUAAAAUUAUUAUGCCCGACCAGUGCCAUGAUGGGCAUUUGUCAAGCAAGAUGUAAAGUAUUACGGGUUCUUUGCAUUUUACUUCUCUAUGGCUCAAUCAACAACAGCUUGGCUCUCAGCCCUGAUGGUGAGGCACUUUUGAGCUUCAGAUCAGCAAUUGUCACUUCAGAUGGUAGCAUUCUUCAAUGGAGGCCAGAGGAUCCCGAUCCAUGUAGGUGGAAAGGUGUGACUUGUGAUUCAGAAUCGAAAAGAGUGAUAUAUCUGAGCCUUGCUCAUCAAAAGUUGAGCGGCUCGAUUUCACCUUACCUCGGAAAGCUUGAGCACCUAAGAAUUCUAACUCUUCGUGAUAACAAUUUCUAUGGGCCAAUCCCAUCAGAGUUGGGAAACUGCACUGAGCUGCAGGGAAUAUAUUUGCAGCGCAACUACUUGAGUGAUUCUAUUCCUAGCGAAUUGGGAAAUCUUUCAAACCUUGGACACCUGAACCUUUCAGGUAACUUGUUAAGAGGAUCUAUCCCUCCAUCACUCGGGAAGUUGAAUAAGCUUGUUACCUUCGAUGUUUCUGCUAAUUUCCUAGCUGGGCCAAUACCAUCAGAUGGUGUGCUCAUCAACUUUCCCGAAAGCUCAUUUGGAGGUAACCGUGGCCUGUGCGGUAAGCAAAUAAAGGUAGCCUGCAAUGGAGGAUCAUCUACAAAUAACAUUUCUCCUACUUCGGCACAAAAUCCAAAUAUGAAGAGGAACUCUACGCGUCUACUUGUUAGUGCAUCAGCAACAAUCGGCGCAUUGCUUCUGGUGGCUCUUAUGUGUUUCUGGGGUUGCUUUUUGUACAAGAAGUUCGGUAAGAAUGACAGCAAAGGUUUUGCAAUAAACAUUAAUGGAGGUGCAUCAGUCGUAAUGUUUCAUGGAGACUUGCCUUACACCUCAAAGGAUAUUAUUAAAAAAUUGGAGACAUUGACAGAGGAAGACAUUAUAGGUUCUGGGGGUUUUGGAACUGUAUAUAGACUUGCAAUGGAUGAUGGCAAUGUAUUUGCUUUGAAAAGAAUUGUUAAGAUGAAUGAGGGCUUUGACCGCUUUUUUGAGAGGGAGCUUGAAAUUCUUGGAAGCACAAAAAAUCGUUACCUGGUGAAUCUAAGGGGUUAUUGCAAUUCUCCUACAUCAAAAUUACUGAUUUAUGACUUCCUGCCUGGUGGUAGCCUUGAUGAAGCUCUUCAUGAAAGAGGUGAGCAGCUAGACUGGGAGACGCGCCUCAAUAUUAUUCUUGGAGCAGCAAAAGGACUUGCUUACCUGCAUCACGAUUGCUCUCCUAGGAUUGUACAUCGUGACAUAAAGUCUAGCAAUAUUUUGCUAGACGCAAACUUGGAGGCUCGAGUAUCUGACUUUGGGCUUGCUAAGUUGUUAGAGGAUGAAGAAUCUCACAUUACAACAAUUGUUGCUGGAACAUUUGGUUAUUUAGCUCCAGAGUACAUGCAAAGUGGUCGAGCAACUGAAAAGACUGAUGUGUACAGCUUUGGAGUCCUAGUUCUAGAAAUAUUGAGCGGUAAAAGACCCACUGAUGCUGCUUUUAUCGAGAAGGGCCUCAAUAUUGUUGGUUGGUUAAAUUUUCUAGAAAAAGAGAAUAGGCAACGUGAAAUCUUAGAUCCUAACUGCGAGGGGGUGCAACUGGAAAGCCUUGACGCCCUCCUCUCGAUUGCAAUUCGAUGUGUCUCCAGCCCUGAGGAGAGGCCCACCAUGCACCGAGUGGUCCAGCUACUCGAAUCCGAGGUCAUGACCCCUUGCCCCAGCGACUUGUAUGACUCCAACUCCGAAUGAAGAAGAACCAACGCGUGAAGGCAUAUUCAGAAACUUUUGUGAACUAAAACUUUGGUGAAGUCUGGAAGAGAGCAGGAGCAAGUGAACAUUGAGCUGAGAUGGAUCUUUCUUUUUACCACUUUUCGUUCGUGCAGAGCCAAUUUGCUGAUCGAGUCCUUGCUCCUACCUAUUUCAGCAUUGCAUGAUCGCCGGAGAAUUCAGAAUUCCGUUCAUGGUGCGGGGUAUGCAUUCAUCCCCUCUCUCUCUCUCUUUCUCUCUCAAUCAUUUUUGUGUUGUGCUUCCAUCAUUUGUAAUUCCCUUGGGCAUUUGUUGAAUUCAAACUGUAUAUUGACAUUGUGUAAAUUUUCCCCAUUCGAGCUUCCCUUGAAGAAUUUCAUCCCAUCUGUUGGUGCCAUUUUUUGUAACAUAUAAUCCCAGAUCCAUUUAAGGUUCAAUCACUUGUACAUGGGGACAUCAUACAUGCUUCAGUGUUCUCGAAUAAGCAUUUGAUUUGUUCCGUGUUCUUUAAGCCAACAGGUGUGUUGUAGUCAAAUAUUCACUAGCUUGGCCUUCA